GACUCAGAAAGGUUGACACCCUCUGCAUUGUGCAAUUUCAAUGCGGCUCUCUCCAGGACUCUUGCCUGAAGCCUGAAGAUGACUCCCUUCUAUGCCGAGCAGAGUAUCUACGAGGAGAAUAUCUACAACCUGAUUCCCAAAGAGGAGAAAAAACCUAUCAAGACGGUCAGGUUUGUGUCAACCUUCAAGCCGAAUGUGAUACGCGAAAUCCGAGAGAGGAAGACGGUGCCCUCCAAAACCAUGGGGAUCCCCAAGCUCUACAUCCCCACUCCGAGAGAGUUUCUUCGGAAGCAUGCCAGCGAACCCAAGCUCUUGAAGCGAAGAAGAAACCAAGGCAUGAGAAAGCCAGGGCUGAAUGUGCCCGAGAGGAGCGACCACCCCAUCAUGGGCAUCCAAAGCAAGAAGGAUUACAUCUCCUCAAACAUCGCCGAGGCCAUCAUGGCCGUGGCCAAGAAGCCCCUCCGGGCAUAUGUUGACGUGCGGAAGGGAGACAAGUUCCUCCUCGAUGAUUCAGGGCUCAUUCAAAGAUACCUCCACAAAAAGGAUUUUGGUGUGAUACCAAAAUACAUUAAGAAGCGGAUAAUGGACACCAAGAAGGCUCAGGAGGAGAGCGAUGCUUACCUCCAGCAAGCCCUCAUGCAGAAAGGCCUGACAAAACUCUCCAAGGCAGAGAAGGAGAAAAUUAUAGAGGGUCUGAAGAAAAACUGGGAGGGGAUCAACCACGAAUACCAAAAUCUUUCCAUUGUCCUCGAUUCGAUUCCAAGGAGACUUCGCAAAGAGAAGAUGGAGGUGGAGAUGAUGCAGCUGGAACACUUCAUCAAAUUACUCGAGAAACACGACGUUGUGUAUAUUUCAAGCGUGUAGGGAUAUCAUCAGAGACAAUGGGCAUGAUCCAGGCCCAGUCAAGCACCUUCAAGGCCCAUCAUUGGUAACAGGGUGAGAACGAAGGCACUGCUCACGGUUCUCCCUCUGAAAUCAAUGAAGCCACAAAGGUCCUCCACUGUGGAUGGAAUCUGCCCAUGGUGUAACAAGUUGUUUUUAACAAAUGGUUUUAAUAGUUGCUUUUAACCAACAUUUAAGUUUGUAAUGUUACAGAUUUGACAAAAGUGCAAAAUGAAAUCUUGUUUUAUUUUAAAAUAAAUGUCA